AUGAAGGCCGGAUUUUCCAGAGGAGAAGGGGCGCCGCGUGUUGUGUUUCCCACGAUUGUUGGUCGUCCUAGGCAGUCGGGAUCGUUUGAAAGGGAGGAGGUUGAAAUUGGCGAUGACGCGCAGAACCAUGCUGGAAUUUUGACUCUCAAACAUCCUAUUGAUCACGCAUGGGACGACAUGGAAAAAAUUUGGGAGCAUACUAUCUGCAAGACGCUUGAUGUCACGUUUCCCGAUGAGCAUCCGGUGCUUUUGACUGAAGCUGCUUCAAAUUCCGAGGGAAGUCGCGAAAAGCUGGCGGAGAUCAUGUUUGAGACUUUAAAUUUCCCCGCGAUGUAUGUCGCCAUUCAGUCUGUGCUCGCUCUGUACUCCAGCGGUCGUACCACGGGUCUUGUUCUGGACUCGGGUUAUGGCCUGUCCUCCGCCGUCCCCGUAUUCGAAGGGCUGGCUGUGCCCAACGGGAUCCUCAAUCUAAAUCUUGGUGGCGGAGAAUUGACUGGCUACCUGCGUAAGCUUCUGGACGAGAGGGGCAUUUCCAUACACAACCCUUCUAACAGGGACUAUGUGGUCGAUCUCAAGGAGAGACUUUCAUUCGUUGCCGUUGAUUUCGAGCAGGAGAUGGCGAGUGCGGAGAGCUCGUCAUGCUCUUACGAUCUUCCGGAUGGCCAGGUGGCUACUCUAUCUUCUGAGCGGUUUAUGUGCCCAGAAGCUCUGUUCAAGCCCUCGCUUGCUGGGGUGGAAGGCUCGGGUAUUCACGAAAUGUGCCACAACUCCAUCAUGGCGUGUGAUGGCGAUAUCAGGAACCAGCUGUAUGGUAACAUCGUUGUUGCGGGUGGUAACACUGAAAUCGCUAGAUUUGCUGAGCGCUUGACAAAGGAAAUCACUCAGCUUGCUGGCACUGAGGUUAAUGUUUCCAAGCCCACCUCACACCAGGGGGAUUACAGUGCCUGGAUUGGUGGAGACAUGCUUGCUUCCCACAGCUCCUUCAAGCAGAUGUGGAUUUCCAAGAGCGAGUUCCAGGAGUCAGGCGCAAGCGUUGUGCAGAGGAGGUCCCCCCUUCCUGCUGCCUGA